UUGGAUGUAAACAUUGUUUGUUUGACAGCUCUGUACUACGUGACAUCGGCUCCAAGUUUACCGAAACUAUGGCAGAAACAGCUCCUGCUCCCGCGGCUGCUCCAGCUAAAGCCCCGAAGAAGAAGGCAGCAAAGGCGAAAAAGCCUGGACCGAGCGUGUCCGACCUUAUCGUGAAGGCGGUCGCCGCUUCCAACGAGCGCAAAGGAGUUUCCCUGGCGGCUCUGAAGAAGGCUUUGGCAGGUGGUGGAUAUGACGUUGAGAAAAACAACUCUCGCGUCAAGAUCGCUUUGAAAUCUCUGGUGAAAAAGGGGGCGCUUGUUCAAACUAAAGGCACCGGGGCGUCCGGAUCUUUCAAGGUGAGCAAGAAACCGGCCGCUAAGAAGCCCGUCAAGAAAGUUGUGGCGAAACCCAAGAAGCCAGCCGUGAAGAAGGCAGCGGCCAAGGCGGCGAAGCCCAAGAAGGCGGCAGUGAAGAAGCCUGCCCCGAAGAAGUCUCCCAAGAAAGUCAAGAAAGCAGCUGCGCCCAAGAAAGCCGCCAAAAGCCCAAAGAAAGUGAAGAAGCCGGCUGUGAAGAAAGUUGCAAAGAGCCCCAAGAAGGUCAAAGCAGUGAAGCCUAAAGCCGCGAAGCCCAAGGCUGCCAAAGCGAAGAAGACGGCCGCUAAGAAGAAGUAAACUGCCAGACUUCGCUCCAUAAACCAAAGGCUCUUGUAAGAGCCACCCCAUCUUCACAGAAGUGCAAAUGUUCCUAUUGCAUGUAAGAAGGCUAAUGCCUUUUUAAUAGACUGAGAAAAUGUUUUUUUUUUUUUUUUGGGUGGGAUGUGACACUUUUUGAGCUGUCUUCUUGUAGAGUCUUACUGCUUCUAUCACCAGCACGAACGAGCAGCGCAGAUAUCGCCGCAAAAGACCUUUAUCAAGAUCGGUUUGUAUAAACACUUGACAGUCUCUACCUCUAACCUGGUGCACAAAGCCGAUUACUUGGUGUAGAUUUUCAAUCCUUCGCAGAUUAUACAGAAGAGUCCGCUGGUUGGAAAGUGUCCAAAUGUGCAUAUGCUAACGUAUAGUUUGUUUGAAGUUUAUCGUGUGAGAGCGUGCGUGACUAAACGGGAUGAGUGUCUUUUAUGUCGCUAUGAUUCAGGUUAUAUUUAUAUUUUGUAUUGGAUUAUACCAGACUGUAAAUACAGCAAUACAGAACGAACAUUUAAUUUAUUCAUUGUUAAUGGUUUGGUGAAUGUUGCUACCAAAGGCAAUAUACAUUCCAUCAAAUGUUCUUGUUUUUUUGUAUACUAUUGUUCUGAACAUUUACUCAUAAACCUAUAUUUUGUCCAAAACCUGUUUUAGUACAAAACUGCCAAUAAAAAAAAAAAUAAACAUGA